GGAUCGGCAACGGCGUCGGCGACGGCGGUGGCGGCGGCGAGGGCGACGGGCAAUUCAUACGGGCGGGCGCAGGGGCGUCGGAGCGCCAGAGCGGCGCUGCUGCGGCGGCGGCGGCAGCGGCGGCAGCGGCGGCGGCGGCGGCGGCGGCGCCGGGGCUUGAUGACCCUUCGGCGGAGGCGGCAGACACAGAGGACGAGGGUGACAACGAGGGCAGGUCUGACAGCAGCUCGCUGGAAGAUGAGGGGGCGGCCAGCCGCGUUGCAGGGGACGAGGAGGAGGAGGAGGAGGAGGAUGAGCGGGGCCGGCUGGCCGCGGGGUGGGCGUUCGGCGACGCCGCCGGCGGCUUUGGGGCGGAGGACGGCGAGGACGGCGGGUGGGCGGCGGCGCGCCGCGCCGCCGCCGCGGCUGCUGCGGCGGCGGCCCAGGCCGCGGCGGAGCAGGCGGCGCGCGCGGUGCGGCUGGGGGUGCUGCGGUCCCUACUGGCGGAAGUCGAGGGGGCGGUCAAUCUCCUGAAGGACGGCGCCGCGGGCGAGGGCGGCGGCGGCGGCGGCGGCGGCGGCAGCGGGCGCUCGUCGCGGCGGCGCACGCAGUCCCUUUCCGCGCUCGUGUCGCUGAUCGCGAGCCCGAGGACAGUUGGCGCCCUCGGCCAGGCGAUCAAGGCGUUUGUGGCGGCGUCGGCGCUGGGGCCGGGCGCGACGGGCGGAGCGGCGGCGGCGGUGGCGACGGGCGGCGGCGGGCCCGCGGGGGGCGGCAGCUGGUCGGCGCAGGAGCAGUCGCUGCACAUGCUGCGCGCGGCGAUGCGCGACGUGCGCGCGACGCUGGCGGCGGCGGGGGACGCGCUCGCGGCGGGGAUGGAGCCGAGCCGCGCGCGGCGGCUGCUGGCGUCGCAGCAGCAGCAGCAGCAGAUGCCGCAGCGCAACAACAGCGGCGGCGGUGGCGGCGCUUCAGGCGCCGCGGCAG